AUGCAUAUUGAGAUGUCUCAAAAAUCAAUCUUCUUGGUAGGGGCUCCGUUGCCAUCAAGUCUGAACUGGGAUACAGACGAGCUUCUCAACACGCCCAUACCUCCCUUCCACGAGAAUGCGAAGAGCCCAGAACAGCAGCUAUCCCUGGAUCAACCAACUGCAAGAUGGAGAGUGUUACGGUCAUCAGUCGAUGGGUUAGGUGAUAAUUGUGAAUCUUUCCAACGCUAUGAGGAUCCAGCCUUUUUCAUCUCACAUCAACUGGCUGUUGCGACAGAUGUGACAGAUGCGCCACAAGGGCAUUCAGAAGAUUCGAUUCUUCAAUUCUACGACCAUUCGUUUGCCAUCCACGAAAUCUCGGAGGUAGCUAGCUCAGAUGUGUACAUAGCAGAUACCACACAGGAGAGCAGUUUGGGUGAGGGUAGCGGAGUGGCUUGCUUUACAGAGUUGGAUAGAGCAGACCCGAGCUCACCUCGCAUCCUUCAUAUUCCUGGACCCCUCAGCAAUUUGCAAGAUCUUCCCACAUCCAGGUACAUUCAGUCCAUCGCACCGCAAACGAUGACGGUGAAUAUAAUUGUGGGGGUGUUGGCCAUUCACCCCCCACGUCGGAUCGUUACCCGACAAUGGAAAACCGAAUUGGACCUUGUCGAGCUUGUCGUUGGAGACGAAACCCAGGCUGGGUUUGCAGUUAAUUUUUGGCUCAAGCCAGAUAAGCCGACCGCUGCCAAGAACAAUGAGGCGGAUCGUCUGGGUCGAUCGCUGGCGUCGCUUCGACCCCGCGACGUCAUUUUGCUCCGAACCGUCGGACUCAGCACAUUCCAAGAUCGAGUGUACGGACAGAGUCUGCGCCGAGGGAUGACUACGGUCGAGUUGUUGCAUCGACAACGGGUGGAUGUGACGGAUGCGGUUGGAUUUUACCAGGGCAGAAUCCAAGAAGCUAGCUCCCAGGAUGAUCAACCGAUUCGCAAGGCUCGCCGAGUACGAAAUUGGAUGCUCCGAUUUGUGACGGAUUCGGUUGGAAUGUCACAUCCACGUGGACUGCCUCCGGAUACACAGUAG